UAAUCCCUCCACUGCAAAAGCAAUGGCAAUUACCCCCUUUGCUACAUCCCUACAGCCAUGAGAGAAAAUGAAACUCACAUGCUUUCUUUUAUUAUUCACUUACCACCAUUAAAGGUUUGGAAUAUUUAUAUACUUUUUUAUAUCUAUAUGUUCAAAGGCAUGGGCUGUUUGAAGGCACUAGACUGCAUAGUCAUUUGCCAUCCUACUACAUCUCCUUAUCUCCACGGAUUUUCUGGUCGACUUUGAAGUUUUUCCAAAUCUGGGGUGACGAACGCUGGGACUGCAAGUUCUUUUUAUAAGGAGUUUUUGAGAAGUCUUGUCCAGGGUGUAAUUGUAAAGGACAAACACACUUUUUGUUUACAGGGGAAAUCGUCAUCUGGCAAUAACAUUGACAUUAUGAAGGUUCAUGGGAUUUGGGUUUUCUUCUUUGUGGUCGGGUUAGCUUUGCUUGUCUUUACCUUCUCCAGCAGCUCCUCCAUUCCUGGUAUGGAGUUUUCCCAGCUUGGUAAUGGUGUGAGUAUAACAGGAACAAGUAGAAAGCUGAAGGGGAAUGGCUGCAAUCUAAGCAAUGAAAAGAAGAGCAAUGUCGAUCUGGAAGAUUACCGUCCGAUUGAUCCAGUUCCAAGCUCAAAGGCAGCUAUAAAACCUGGCCCCAUCGAGCAUGGUAGUCCUCUUAUUCCAUCCAUACCAAAACCUUCACCUCCCGCUCAUCCCAAUAGUGGUGGUUCCACUUAGCCAUAUCUAAAACUCAUUUCUCAGUAACAGAUAUGAUUUGAAGAAUGUAGCACUGUAAUCUGCAUCUGAUAUUUUAAGCAGCUUGUUUUCUGUAUCCUGUCCAGACAAUAACUUCUAGCUGCCUACUAUCCAGCUUAUGUUUGUGUCUGAAUGUGUGUUUGGUAUUUGAUCUUG